UAUCUCUCUACCUAUAUUUCUUUGGAAUCACAGGCCCUCAAUGAGUGAAUUUAGGGGUAUCGAGAUAACUACCGCCGAGCAGGAGUUUCAUGUACAGAUUGUAAGUUUGGACUGUGAAUGGAUGGCCAAGCUAAUGGAGAAGGUAGAAAAGACGCCGAGGAAGGAUGUGUAUGCCAUGAGAGCUACCAUUUUUCAAGUCCCUCAUAACUUUCGAGCCAGUGACACAUAUGGUGAGGCCUACAAUCCCAAGAUCGUCUCCGUUGGUCCCUACCACCACGGGCUAUCGAAAGCGUGGGACAAUAGGCUCAAAUGGCCCUCUCUUAAGACGCUCCUCGAGCGAAGCCCUGACAAGACUCAAGCCAUGGAGAAAUGCAUUUGCAAAAUCAAGGAACUCGAGAGAGAAGUACGAAGUGUGUAUGCAGAUGAAUUGGAGAUGACCAGCAAUGAGUUUGUGGAGAUGCUGCUACUAGACUGUUGCUUCGUGCUCGAGCUACUGCUUCAGCUAGAAGAAGAGAAAAGGAAAAAACAGGGAAAAGUUGCCCAAGAGAAGAUGAUGUCGACAAUAAACAAAUUACUACCACCAUACAAGCUGCCUUUUCCCGAGGAGGAAGGAGCACUGAUUCAACAAUGGAAAUGGGCAGAACCUCUGAUCUACCAUGACCUGUUGAUGCUCGAAAACCAGAUCCCACUCAGCCUCCUCCGGGAGCUCCACGGCAUCAUUCUCAGCCACGAUAAAUCUCCUUCCAUGGACGAACUCAUCCUCUCCUUCUUCAAGGAAUUCUCCCUCACCAAACGCAUCACGAAGAUCCCGGAGGGCAGUUGCCACCACCUCCUCCACCUCUUCCACACCAGCUUGAUCCCGAAAAAACAGCCCACCAUGCGGGGCCUCCGCGCCCAGGUGGUGGCGGAGGUGACAUCAGCCAUCCCCUGCGCACGGGAUCUCAUCGAGUCACGGUUGAAAGUAAAGAAGAAGCAGGGCGUCGCGUGCUCGAGCUUCCUCGACCUCAGCUUCGACAUCAGCAGCGGGCGCUUGGAGAUCCCGGAGAUCCACGUCGACGACGGCACCAACACUCUGCUCCGGAACCUCAUCGCCUUCGAGCAGUGCUUACCGAGAAUCGGCGACUAUCUGACGACCUACGCUUGGUUCAUGGACUCGGUGAUCGACAGCAGCGCCGACGUGGCGCUGCUGCGGCGGGAGGGCGUGCUGGUGAGCGGGCUAGGGAGCGACGAGGAGGUGGCGAGGCAGUUCGACAGCCUGAGCAAGGGCGCGCUUGUCGACCGCAACCAGUGCUACCUGGAGAAGACCAUCAAGGAGUUGAACAAGUACUACAACGGCAAGUUCCGCAGGUUAACCCGCUACUGCGCCACAUUCAACCACGACUACUUCAGCCGUCGCUGGGCGAUCGUCUCCGUAGUCGCCGCCAUCAUCCUCUUCGUCCUCACCUUCCUCCAAACCAUCUACAGUAUGUGCGACUCUUGCCAUAGAACUUAGAUCGACAACCUACGUACGUACGUCACUUUUUCUUGUUCUGGGGGCAAUUUCCUUUUGGAGUUAGUUUGUGAUCCGUAUCGCGAUUUGUGUAAGGAGCUGUCCUUUCAGGCUAGUGUUUUUCUAGUUGUUUGAGGGAAUUCGCUUUUGGAGUUGGUUUGUGAUGUUAAAUUAACUAGAUGAGAUAAAAGUGAUAAUGAAAUAAACUUCUUUA